ACAGGUUGGUUUACAGAACCAAACUGUUCAUCUUUGAUCAUGGCAGCGUUAAAGGCAUGCAGUGCUCUAGUGACAGGGGCCAACCGAGGCUUGGGUUUGGAAAUGGUCAAGCAACUCCUGGAGGCCCAUUGCUCAAACAUUUUUGCUGCAUGUCGUGACCCAGAUGGGCCAAACUCUGAGGCACUGAGAGAACUGGCCAAAAAGCAUCCAGGCGUUAUCUACCUUGUGAAGCUUGAUGUUGCUGAUCCAUGCAGUAUCAAAGAGUCUGCCAAAAAAGUGGGUUCUCUUCUUGGGAAGAAUGGUUUGAACCUGCUUGUGAACAAUGCCGCAGUGUUGCCACAAAAAACCAUGCUGACCACCACUGUUGAGGACAUGCAAAACACCUUCAACACCAACGUGAUAGGACCUUUAUUUGUCAUUAGGGAGUACCUGCCGUAUCUGCGUACAGCAGCUAAAGCCAAGAGCAAACCAGGGAUGUCAUGUGAUAAAGCAGCUGUGAUUAACAUCUCCACAGAUGCAGCAUCUAUGAGCAUCAUGCCAGUACUGAAGGAACCGUUCCCACUCUUCCCAUACAGCAUCAGCAAGGCUGGUCUUAACAUGUUGACCAUAUAUACCGCAAGGGACUUGAAGGCAGAUGAGAUCCUCUGCAUUUCAAUUCACCCAGGAUGGGUAAGGACAGACAUGGGGGGAGAUAAGGCGCCCAUUGAUGCCAGAGAAAGUGUGGAGGGAGUGAUGCGUGUCAUUGGCAGUCUUACUGAGAAGCAGCAUGGUGCAUUCCUAGACUACACUGGAAAAACAAUGCCCUGGUAAACCAGAAAAAAGUUAAUUAAAGGGCUGAUCCAAUUGACCUGUUUUACCUAUUAUAAAUAUAUAAUAUGUCAUUAAUGUUUGACAUGUUCAGCAUAAUUCUCGGUGUGUUCAAUAAAAUAAAACAAACUAAACAAACAAUAUUUCAA